UUUACUUCCGCUUUAUAGCGCGACAGGAAGUUAGCUUGAAAAUCAUAACGGAAGCUGGAGUUUAUUGUUAAGGUGAUAAAAAUGGAUUGAAAAGUGUGUUGUUUUUAUUGUGGAGACUCGUCAUAUGAUGUCCAAAAUGGCACGGAGUGGGGAUAUUAUUCACCUGAACGUCGGCGGAAAGAGGUUCAGCACCUCCAGACAGACUCUCACGUGGGUCGCUGACUCGUUCUUCUCCAGUCUUCUGAGUGGACGCAUCUCCACUCUGAAGGAUGAAACUGGAGCAAUCUUUAUCGACAGAGACCCUUCUUUGUUUGCACCCAUCCUCAACUAUCUGCGGACGAAAGAGUUACAUCCAAGCUCCAUCAACGUGCACAUGCUCAUGCAUGAGGCAGAAUUCUAUGGCAUCACGCCACUGGUACGAAAGCUGCAGUUGUGUGACGAACUGGACCGAUCUUCCUGUGGAAAUGUGCUGUUCAAUGGUUACCUACCUCCACCAGUUUACCCAGCGAAACGCCGAAACCGCCACAGUGUGGCAGGGUCACAGUUCAUGGGCGGACGAGUUGUACCCACAGAGAGAGCUCCAGUCAGACGCAGUAACACUAUGCCACCCAACCUGGGGAACUCUGGAAUACUGAGUAGAGCUGGUAUUGAAGAGAGGCCCUCUACAGGUCAGUCUUCAGAUUCUGGGAUGGUGCGCAUCGUCUGUGGUCAUCACAACUGGAUCGCCGUAGCGUACGCUCAGUUCGUGGUCUGCUACAGGGUGAAGGAGUCCACAGGAUGGCAGCAGGUCUUCACCUCUCCCCGUCUGGACUGGGUGAUCGACAGGGUGGCCCUCAAUGCUAAAGUGAUGGGGGGCUCUCUGGGAGACAACGAUAAGAUGGUGGCUGUGGCCUCAGGGACAGAAAUCAUACUGUGGUCCAUCUGUCCUGACGGCAAUGGAAAUGAAAUUGGUGUCUUUAGCCUCAACGUCCCAGUAGAGGCUCUGUUCUUUGUGGGUAACCAGCUGAUAGCCACCAGUCACACUGGGAAGGUUGGAGUUUGGAACGCUGUCACGAAACACUGGCAGAACCAGGAUGUGGUUCCAAUCAGCAGUUAUGACACAGCUGGCUCCUUCCUGAUUUUGGGCUGCAACAACGGGUCCAUCUACUACAUUGAUGUCCAAAAGUUUCCUCUGAGGAUGAAAGACAAUGACCUGCUGGUGACAGAACUGUACAGAGACCCUACUGAAGACGCCAUCACUGCGCUCAGUGUCUACCUCACACCCAAGACCAGCGACAGUGGUAACUGGAUUGAGAUCGCAUACGGAACCAGCUCUGGGACAGUUCGGGUAAUUGUUCAGCAUCCAGAGACGGUGGGCUCUGGGCCUCAGCUCUUCCAGACCUUCUCUGUCCACCGCAGCCCUGUCACUAAGAUCAUGCUGUCAGAGAAACACCUCAUUUCAGUUUGUGCAGACAACAACCAUGUGAGGACUUGGACGGUGACAAGGUUCAGAGGGAUGAUCUCCACCCAGCCAGGAUCUACGCCCCUCACCUCCUUCAAAAUCCUCAGCCUUGAGGACAUCGAUGGACACGGAGGCUGCAGCGCUGGGACAGAGAUUGGUCCUUAUGGAGAGAGAGAUGACCAACAGGUUUUCAUCCAGAGAGUUGUACCAGACACUGACAAACUGUACGUCAGGUUGUCAUCCAACGGAAAGAGGGUGUGUGAGGUGCGUUCGGUGGACGGCACCUCCAUCACUUCCUUCAUGGUCCAUGAGUGUGAGGGCUCCAGCCGCAUCGGCUCCAGACCGCGUCGUUACCUGUUCAGUGGCCACAGUAACGGUAGCAUCCAGAUGUGGGACCUGACCACUGCCAUGGAGAUCGCAGGAAAAGUGGACAUCAAAGCACUGGGAGGACCAACAGAAGAAGAAUUGCUGGAGUUACUGGACCAGUGUGACCUGGCCCUGACCAGAACACCCGACAGUACACCCAGAACCUCCACCUGCAGUCUUUACUCUCAGCUGGGUGAUGCCUUCAGGCCUGAUCGUCCCAACACUGUGGGAGGUCGAGGCGUAGGAGGAGGAACAGGAGGUGGAGGAGCAGCUUUAGGCUCAGCAGCCUCACUGCGCGGCAGCCUCUCCAGACAAACCGCUCCCUCUCUACCACAUGGUAAACCUGUCAGAGAUCCCAGACUUUCACCAGCAGCCGGACCACUGACAUUUGCUGCUCCUAGUCCUGCCCACACUCACAGUUUCACCUCCAGUCCCCGCCCACAGAGACACUCAGAGCGUGACAAAGAGUGGGGACCAGUGCGCCGGGGCAGCUUUGUUGAACGCUGCCAAGAACUGGCUAAAGGUUCUGAGGCUGCUGGCUGCUCAGGGUUUGGGUCUUUGUCGGGUUCUGAGGGGGUCCGGCGGAGCUUAGCUGUGUGCAGCGAGUUAGAAGCCAGGUUUGGUAUCAGGACACCCACCACUUUCUCUGUGACCCCCAGUGCUUGUCCAUCACCUGGAUCAUCACUAUCACCUCCUCCUUCAUCCUCUUCUUCUACACAUCGUAAACAAGGGUCUCCUUCACCAUCUAGCCCCACACCCACAGCGGUGAGUCCAACGAGAUCCCAGACCGCAGCCUCACCACGACGUAUCGUUGCCUCUUCACCCUCUGACGUCCCAGAGUCACCUGAAGGUAGUCCAGGUUCAGACAGCCCUGCUCCUAGUGCUGCUGCUGCUGCUGCUGCCACACCAGCAACCAGCCCCAAACCACACAUGAAUGAAACCAGCUUUUGAUUGGUCCAUCAGAAAUCACCACAAACCUUUAUAUUAAAUAGUAAAAUUUCCAGGCUCUUGUUGAUCAACAUGGUACAAAAUAGACUGACAUCAUGACUUUUUUAAUCAGUUGUAUUGAUUAAAUGCCCACAUGAAAAGAGCUAUAAUUUACUGACUCACUUAAACGCAGCGUGUAACGUCACUGGAUCUGACGUCAUGUGAGAAGGAGGCACCAACAGAGAACAGUUCUCAGUCGCCAGGUACUGACUUCAGGUAAAUAUGAUAAUCACUGAUUUAACUGCACUUCACUCUUCUUCAUGGUUUUAUAUCUGUUUCAACUGUUGACGUUUUUCUGUUUAAUGUCUGUGUUUGUUUGAGGGAAUCACACUGUGAGCAAAACAAACACUGUGGUCAUUAGUCUGGGUAUUAAAAUUUAACACUCACUCAUCCAACACUACAAAGUCUAAACCUUUUCUAAAACACAGAAAUAAUCAAAAAAAUAAUUUAGUUUUUAGAUUCAGAUGACAUUCAUUAAGAAACUGUUAACCUGUCAUGUGUUUUCUAAACAGCUGGUUUCACAAGAUUUUGUCAGAAUAAAAUUCUCAUUUUGUCAA